GGGGCCCGGAGAUUUGAGGGCAGGAGCAGUGAGGGGGCAGUCAGGAUGAUGAGGAGAAGCCAGAAACGAAAGCUGCAAAAAGUCACCGGGCUCUGCAGACCGGAGGAGGGGCUCAGGGUGAAGCGGAGCUGCCCUUCAUGUGGCCCAGAGCCUGAGGGUGAAGAGAAGAAGGGGAGAGGAAACCCUAUAUCUAUUCAGUUGUUCCCCCCAGAGCUGGUGGAGCACAUCAUUUCAUUCCUCCCAGUCAGAGAUGUAGUCUCUCUAGGUCAGACCUGCCACUACCUCCACGAAGUGUGCGACUCUGAGGGCGUGUGGAGACGCAUCUGUCACCGGCUCAGUCCUCGCCUUCGAGAGCAGGGUUCUGGGGUCCAGCCCUGGAAGAGAGCUGCGAUUCUGAACUACACGAAGGGCCUGUAUUUCCAGGCAUUUGGGGGCCGCCGCCGCUGUCUCGGCAAGAGUGUAGCCCCUGUGCUGGCCCAUGGCUACCGCCGCUUCUUGCCCACCAAGGACCACGUCUUCAUUCUUGAUUACACGGGGACCGUCUUCUUCCUGAAAAAUGCCCUGGUCUCCUCCACCCUUGGCCAGAUCCAGUGGAAGCGGGCCUGCUGCUAUGUUGUGUUGUGUCACGGAGCCAAGGAUUUUGCCUCGGACCCGAGAGGUGACACAAUUUACCGUAAAUACCUCUAUGUGUUGGCCACUCGGGAGCAGCCGGGAGUGGUGGACACAGCCCACAGCCGGUCCUGCGACUGUGUCGAGGUCUACCUGCAGUCCAGCGGGCAGCGGGUCUUCAAGAUCACCUUCCACCACUUCAUGAGCUUCAAACAGAUUGUGCUGGUUGGUCUGGAGGCCCAGCGCACCCUGCUGCUCCUCACAGAGGAAGGAAAGAUCUACUCUUUGGUCGUGAAUGAAGCCCAGCUGGGCCAGCCGCGCUCCUAUACAGGUCAGCUGGCCUUGAGGAAGGUGUCCCAUUGCCUCCCUCACCUGCGUGUGGCCUGCAUGGCUUCCAACCAGGGAAGCACUCUCUACAUUACAGACCAGGGGGGAGUGUAUUUUGAGGUGCAUACCCCAGGGGUGUAUCGUGAUCUCUUUGGGACCCUUGAAGCCUUUGACCCCACGUACCAGCAGAUGCCGCUUCCGGUCUCACUGCCUGCCAAGGUCCUAUUCUGUGCUCUUGGCUACAAUCACCUUGGCCUGGUGGAUGAAUUUGGCCGAAUCUUUAUGCAGGGAAAUAACAGAUAUGGGCAGCUGGGAACCGGGGACAAAAUGGACCGAGGGGAACCCACACAGGUACAUUAUCUGCAGCGCCCCGUCGCCCUGUGGUGUGGCCUCAACCACUCCCUGGUGCUGAGCCAGCGCUCAGACUUCAGCAAGGAGCUGCUGGGCUGUGGAUGUGGGGCCAGAGGCCGCCUGCCAGGCUGGCCUAGGGGAAGUGCCUCCUUCGUUAAGCUCCACAUCAAGGUCCCUUUGUAUGCCAGCUCCCUCUGUCCUACCAGAGAGUGCCUCUACAUGCUGUCCGGCCAUGACAUCGAGCACCAUCCCACCUACCGGGACCUACCAGCCAGCAGGGUGGCGGGGACCCCCGAGCCCAGCCUGGGGGCUGAAGCAGCCCAGGACCCUGAGGGGGUGGCGGCCCAGGCCUGUGAGCUGUACCUCAGGCAGAUCCACAGUUGCCCCACAUUGCAGGAACGCAUGGAAAAGACGAAGGAGGUCGUGGGCUGGAUGCCCUUGAUGGCUGCACAGGAGGAUUUCUUCUGGGAGGCCCUGGACAUGCUGCAGAGGGCUUUUGGAGGGGUUGGCCAAGGCCCCCCAACCCCUGACAGCUGA